AUGAGGGUCCGGGUCCGGGUCCCGCCUCUUUCCAGGCUGCCCUUUCUCUGCCUCUGGCUGCUGUGCGGCUGGGGCAGCUCCGGGUCCCGCCCCGCGUUGGGGAGUCGCCGGCUCAGCCCUCCCGGCGCGCUCUGCUUCUACGGGCAGGUGCCCGAGAACAGCCCGCCGGGGACGUGGGUGCAAGGGCUGCGGGUGCCGCUGCGGAGGCUGCCGCUGGCCCCGGCUCCGCCGCCAGGGGAGUGGGCUUUGGAGGGCGACGGCGCCUCCCACUUCGCCCUCCACUGGCGGCCGGCCAAGGCGCGCUCGCUGCUGCUGCUGCGGACGGCCGAGCGCCUGGACCGGGAGGCGCGCCCUCGCUACAGCCUCGCCCUGCGGGGCCCGUCGAGGACGGCGCUGCUCCGGCUGCGGGUGCUGGACCGCAACGACCACCGGCCGCGCUUCCCGCCGAGUCCCGCCGGGGCGCUGGAGGUGGACGAGCUGUCGCCGCUGGGCUCGGAGGUGGCGCGGCUGCGCGCCCUGGACGCCGACGAAGGCGCCAACGCGCUCCUCACUUACCGCGCGUGGCCCGGCGGCGGCGACUCGGGCCGGCGCCUCUUCGUGGUGCCGCGCAGCGGGCAGGUGCUCACCGUGGGCUCCCUGCUCGGCUUGCGCCGCCUCAGUCUCUGGGUCUCGGCCCAGGACCACGGGCUGCCCCAGCCCUUGCGCAGCCCCGCCAGGCGCCUGGAGCUGGCGGUGCGCAAGAGGACGGGGGCGCCGCGGCGGCAGCAGCAGCAGCAGGAGCACGGCGGCGCCCUCGCCCGGCCGCGCAGGGCCCGCGCCCUCGCCUCGUCGUACAGCCCCGUCUACAAAGUGCGCAUCCCCGUCGGGGCGCCCUCUGGGGAGCCCAUCUUCACCGUCCCGGACACGCGCUACCAGGAGGCCGGCGGCAGCUGGUUCGAGCUGGCCCCUCCGGCCGCUGCGGGCUCCUUUCCGGUGGAGCUGGACAGGGGCUCGGGCCGACUCUCCCUCAGCCGACCGUUGGAAAGGGGAGGCCAGACCCAGGUGAAGGUCAAGGUGCAUCGCAUGGACGGGCAAGACAGUGACUGGUAUUUGUGCCGCGUGGUGAUUGUUGCUGUAGAAGAGGAGCCCAUCUCUUGGGGAAUGUAUCCAUACCCCUAUUUGGCCCGUGUUGACCCUGAUGCCCGGGCAGGCACCGUAGUCUAUCAGCUCGUCACCCAUUACAGUAACAAUGAAAAUUCUAGUGCUGGGAUAACCUAUGCUCUGGUUGCAGGUAGUGAAGAACGGUUUGAUCUAGAUAUGGACACAGGGGUCAUUAUGACGACCGGCUUGCCUUUAACUUUGGACCAGGAGUAUGUGGUCACUGUGCUGGCCAUUGAUGAAUAUGGUGGCAAAAGUCCGUAUGCUUUUAUCUCUAUCUUGGCUGGCUCCAGGCCUCCACAGUUCACUAAUAUGUCUUACAGUGUGUUUGUUCCAGAAAAUACUCCAGCAGGUGAAAAAGUGGCUGUUAUUGAGGCAGUUUCUUUCCAAAGUCAGCCCCUCGCUUACACUCUCCUGAUGAAUCCCAGUGGCCUGUUCAGCAUGGGCGAAGAGACUGGUGAGCUCAGUUUGACUCAUACAGUGGACUACGAGAGCGAACAUCACCUCUACCAUUUUUUAGUAAAAGCUAUGGAAGCAGAGAGCUUGUUCAGCAGCGUAAUUGAGGUCGUAGUUCAUAUCACUGAUGAAAAUGACUGCUCUCCAGAAUUUCAGCAAUCUAUCUAUAGUCGUGAAAGUGUUCUUGAAUCAGUCCCUGUAGGCACAUGUUUAUUGCAAGUUCUUGCAACAGACUGUGAUUCUGGCUCCAAUUCCGAGAUCCUGUAUUUCAUUCAGAGUGCGGAUUUUUCCAUUACGCCUGAAGGUGCCAUCAAUUCCAACCAGAGACUGAACUUUGAGCGAUCAAACCACAUGUACGAGUUUGUGGUCAUUGCUGUCGACAGAGGGCACCCUCCUCGGACGGGGACUGCGUCGGUGCGCAUUCGCAUGACCAAUGUGAAUGACGAAGUCCCGGUGUUCUCCCAGUCUGUUUACAGAACUUUUCUUUCGGAAGAUGCAGGCCCCGGUAUAUUGGUGGCCACCAUCCAUGCAAAAGAUCCUGAUGGAGAUGGAGUGUUGUACUUAAUUACUGGAGGAAACGAGGAAGGCAAUUUUGAACUGGAUAGCCAUAAAGGUAUCCUGAGACUUCGCAGAAACCCUCCGCCUAAACUGAAGGGCCCGCAGUAUGUUUUAAACAUCUCUGCUGUAGAUGACAAUUCCUCUGGGGGACCAAGAUCUCUCAGCAGCUUUGCUGAGGUCGUGGUAGGAAUUAACGACAUCAACAACAAUAAGCCUGUUUUCAGGGAGUGUGCUUACUACAGUGACAGCACCUGGGUUCUAGAAAAUCAGCCACCAGCCACCUUCGUUCUGCAGGUGGAAGCCUACGAUGCAGACCUUGGAUUGAACGGAGAAGUGAAGUAUGGCCUCAUGCACAGAGAUGGAGCUUCUCCAGGCUUCAGUAUUGAUCCUGAUUCAGGUGUUAUCACUACAACACGAAGUUUCGACCGAGAGAAGCAGAGGGAGUAUACUCUGUCUAUAACAGCUACAGAUCAAGCUCAGGAGCCACUGAUUGGCAUGUGUCAAGUCACUGUCUUCAUUGCGGACAUGAAUGACAAUGACCCAAAGUUUGAGAACAGCCGCUAUCAAUACUUCCUUCGUGAAGACACCCCAGUGGGAACAAGUUUCCUCUGUGCCACUGCCCAUGACGACGACCAAGGGGUGAAUUCCGCCAUCACUUACUCCAUGUUACAGCAGGAGCCGGAAUACUUCAAAAUCAACCCCAGCACAGGCUGGGUGUAUGUGAAUCACUUGAUCUCCCAGACAUUUCAGAUAAAUAGAUACAUCCUAGCCACAGACGGAGGGAACCGGAGCAGCACUGUGGAACUGACAGUCACUAUUACUGAUGUACUUAAUCAGUCGCCGCAGUGGGACAGAAGUGCAUAUUUCGUGGCAAUCCCAGAGAGCACCCCUCGUGACACCAAGAUAGUGACUGUCAAAGCCACGUCCCCUCUUGGUGAUCCAAGGGUUACAUAUCAUCUAGAGGAGGGUCAGGUUCCGGAGACGAACAUGCCGGUGCGUUUCUACCUCAAGCCAAAUAGAGCAGAUGGGUCCGCUUCGCUUCUCGUUGCCGAACCCCUUGACUUCGAAACCACCAAGUUCUUCAUGUUGAGCAUCAAGGCUCAGAACGUAGCUACAAUUCCCUUGGCCUCCUUCACCACAGUCUGUGUUAAUGUGACAGAUGUCAAUGAUAAUGUCCCAUUCUUCACAUCUUCUGCUUACGAGGUUUCUGUUCCUGAAGGAGCAGCUAUUGGUACCUCUGUUGUACAGGUUCUAGCUACCGAUUCAGACUCCGGACUCCAUGGAGAGGUCCACUACUCAAUAUUGAAGGACCCUAGUGAAGACUCCCAGUACUUCACCAUUGACUCCAGGUUGGGAAUCAUUUCCACCCAAGCAUCUUUUGAUAGAGAGAAGAGAGGAUCGUACUUGAUUGAAGUUCAGUCUCAGGAUUCUUCUGAAUCAGCCAGGCCUGGUAUAUAUGGGCAGCCUAACACAGAUACGGCUUAUGUGAGGAUUUUUAUCAGUGACAUAAAUGACAAUGCUCCUGCUUUCCCACAUUCGGUGUAUGAAAUUAAUAUAGAUGAAGACAAGGACGUGGGGUAUAGUCUUUUGAUGGCAACUGCAAAUGAUAAAGAUGAAGGAUCUAACACCAAGCUAAGAUAUCAGGUCACUUCAGGAAAUGAGCGAGGAGAUUUUUACGUGGAACCUGAGACAGGAAGCAUCUUGAUAGCCCAGGGCCUUGACUAUGAACAGGAGCAGCAUUACAAGCUCCAGUUGGUAGCCUCUGAUGGAAAAUGGGAAAACCACACUCUUGUUAUCAUCAAUAUAGUCAAUAAGAAUGAUGAAGCUCCUACCUUCUCCCAGGACGAAUACCACGGCAAUGUCCGGGAGGAGCUUGCUGACCUGCCUGUGGUUGUUUUACAGGUUUCUGCGACAGACCCUGAUCAGGAAGCUGAUCAAAGUGCCCUUCGCUACUCACUGCAUGGACAAGGUGCCCAAAGUGAGUUUAGUAUUGAUGAGCACACAGGGGAGAUCACUGCAAAUGAGAAACUGGACCGAGAGAAAAGAUCUGCCUGGCGCUUCCUCGUUCUCGCUACCGAUGAGGAUGGCGAGGGUCUAACCGGCUUUGCUGAUGUCAUUGUAGAAGUGACAGAUGUGAAUGACAAUCCGCCUCUUUUCCUUUGCACUUUGGACAGUUGUUUUAUGGGGCAAAUUCCUGAAGAUUCCCCUGCCGACUCCACCAUCAUGGAGAUGUUGGCAGUAGACUUUGAUGACCCCAGAGCUGGGAGGAAUGCUGUGUUAACCUACAGCAUUAUUCAGAAUGUCCAAAACGAGAUUAACCUCAACUUGUUCUCAGUUAAUCCAGUUACGGGCACCAUCUACACUGUGUUAGGAUCCUUAGACAGGGAGAAAGAAGACAAGUACCUGGUUGUAGUUGAGGCAAAGGACGGAGGGGGUCUUACGGGAACGGGGACUGCCACUAUUUUGGUGACUGACAUCAAUGACCAUGCUCCAACCUUUACACAAAAAAAUUAUAUAGCCUUUGUCUCGGAGGCCGCAGGCCUCAAUGAUGAGGUUGCUGAGGUGUCGGUGACUGAUGGAGAUGAAGGAGAAAAUGCCGUGGUGACUUUCAGUAUCCUUGAUGGAGAUGACGAUCACAAAUUCUAUAUUGAGACGGAUAAAGGUGAUAAGCGUGGUGUGAUUCGAUUGAGGAAAUGGAUUGACUUCGAGAAGCCCCAUGAGCGGGUGUUCAACUUGACUGUGAAAGCCGAGGACUUGGAUUUCUUCAGCACAGCUCACUGUGUCAUCUACGUGGAGGACUCCAAUGACCACGCCCCUCUAUUUUAUCCACAGUUCUAUGAAGUGGCUGGCCUGGUUGAAGAUGUUCCCCUUGGUACUAAAGUUGUCCAGGUUAUUGCUGUCGAUUUAGAUUCUGGGCUGAAUGGAAGGUUCUCCUUCCGCCUGCUAAAUAAGUCAGACCCAAAUAGGAGGUUCUCUGUGGCUACCGAUGGCUGGGUCAUAGUGGCAGGACCACUGGAUUAUGAGACUGUAGCACAGUACCAGCUUGUGGUCAUUGCCACCGACAUGGGUCAGCCUGCCCUGAGCAGCAGUGCCACUGUCCUUGUGGCACUUCAGGAUGUAAACGAUAACGGGCCAGAGUUUGAUGCUCAGUACAAUCCAGUGGUUUGGGAAAACACACCGUCUCCUCAGGUUAUCCAGAUGAAUGAAACCUCAACGUUGCUGUAUGCUAAAGACCGAGACAGCCCGGCAAAUGGUGCGCCGUUCUCCUUUCAUUUACUGAGUGACUUUGGCAGCGUGACUUAUUUUAAUUUGCAAGACUUCAGCAACGGAAGUGCGAUGCUGACUGCAUUGCAUACCUUUGAUAGGGAGGUGCACAAGGCGUUCGAUCUACCGAUUCUGAUUGCUGACAGCGGGAACCCUCCCAUGAGCUCAACCAACAUAUUGACGGUCAGUAUUGGAGACCGAAAUGACCACCCCCAUGCUGCUGGCUUCAUGGAAUGUUUCAUCUACAGUUACAAUGGUAUCCUACCUACAACAGUACUAGGUCAGAUCCAUGCCCCAGAUAACGAUGACUGGGAUCACAAGACAUAUCACUUUGAAGGGAAAGCACCCAGGUAUUUUAUCCUCAAUGAUAACUCUGGCUUACUAAGUAUAAAGGAAGGAACUCCUACAGGAACGUAUGACAUAAGAGUGAAGGUGACAGAUGGCAUCUGGCCUGAUGUGGUCUCUACCGUAAAGGUGGUUGUGAAGGAAAUCAAAGAAGACGCUGCUCACGGUGCAGGGUCUAUCCGAAUAAGAGAUAUCACUGCAGAAGAUUUUAUAUAUCAGUCAUCUGAGAGUGAAAGUAAGUACACUCAAAUGAAGAAGCUCUUUUCAGAAAUCAUACCAGCCCAACUUGAAAAUGUCCACAUCUUCAGUGUCUUGAAUAGUCCAGGGGAAACACAAGGAGUAGACGUGUGGUUUGCAAUUCAUGGAUCACCCUACUACAAAGCAGAAAAACUUAAUGGUAACGUCGCUGUAUCCAAAGCACGGCUGGAAGCCAUCUUGAACAUCAACAUCACUCAGGUUGGCAUAGAUGCGUGCACGAUUGCAAACUGCACCCAUAGCACUGGAUGCAUCAGCAAGAAUGAAUUCAGCCCUCUCCCCACAAUCAUUACUUCCGGAAAUGUUUUGCUGGCUUCUGUGACAGUACUGAGCAGUUCCCAGUGCAUUUGUGAAGCACGGGAGAGAAAGCACCAUUCAUGUUCUUCCUACCGGAUAAAUCCGUGCUUUAAUGGUGGCACCUGUACGGACACCGACCUGGGUUACAGCUGCAAGUGCCCUAUGGCGUUUCAUGGGCCUGAAUGCCAGCAGACACAGCACACUUUCAGAGGACGUGGAUAUGCUUGGUUCCCGCCCCUCAAGCCGUGCUUUCAGAGCCUUGUCUCCUUGGAUUUCAUUACCGAAGAUGCUGAUGGCCUUCUGCUUUACAAUGGGCCAGUAGCCCAUGUGCAACCUGGGGAAGCGGAGGACUUCAUUGCACUAGAGCUCUCAGAAGGUGUUCCAUCGCUAACUUUAAGCCAUGGUUCAGGAGCACUGUUCUUGCAGCUGUCGGAGAAAGUCAACGUGGCUGAUCGUCGCUGGCAUAACAUAAAAAUAAUAAGUGAUGGAAAGAAAGUACAACUAAUCUUGGACCACUGUGUGAAUGUCUCCAUUACAAAUGACAACAGUGUCUUGGAGAAAGUGUCAAAGAUGGAUCAAUCUGCCUGCAAAGUUUCUUCUGAAACCCCAGGAAAUGAGAGAUUUCUCAACGUCCACCAACCUCUCCAACUGGGUGGUGUUAAGAAGGCCCAGCCGUACCAUACUUCACAAAAGCAUUUCAGAGGGUUUAUUGGCUGCAUCCGGAAUGUUGUCAUUGAUAGCCAGGUAUAUAAUUUAGAGCACCCUGCAGAGUCCUUAAACAGUGCACCGGGUUGCUCUCUGACUGAUGGACUGUGCCAGAAAGCCAGGAUACCAUCCUGUGGCAUCCAUGGCAAAUGCAUUGGUGAUUGGGGUUCUUUUAAUUGUGACUGUUUUACUGGCUACACAGGAUCAAGAUGUGACAAAGCUCUUCCAGAAUGGACCUUCGGAAAGGAUAGUUGGAUUCAUUAUGAACUGAAAACUGUGUUUAAUGCAUACAACACUCGUGUCCAACUUGUAGUACGCACCAGAAUGUCCUCCAGUACCCUUCUCAACAUGGCAUCUUUAGAUGGAAGUGGAUACAUUAGAGUGGAGGUCGUUGGAGGGCAUUUUGGUGUGAGUUUCAAUUUGGGAGACAAAGAUCACGCACUUCAGUUAAGCACUGUGCGCAUAGACCAGGGCCAGUGGGCUGAACUAGCUCUGGAGAGAUAUCACAAUGAAUUUUCUUUGCGUAUUAAUGAUGGUGGAGGGGAUCAUGAGGUGUCGGCCAUUCUGGGAUCAAGAGGACGGUUUGAAAUGAAUUUGGCAAGCAUCGUGCUAGGAAAUCGCCUUGCUAACCGUUCGGAAAGUGAUUUUCAAGGCUGCAUGAGGGAUGUCCGGCUGAAUGGCCAGCCAAUUCUGGUGGACGGUAAAAGCACUGAAUACAGCUUCAUUGUGCAGCAACAAGGCAUCACCAUCGGCUGCCAUUCCAGCUCUUGCAGCAGUCAGCCCUGUUACAGUCCUUUCCACUGUGUAGACCUAUGGAGGAAGUACGAGUGCAGGUGUCCAGCUGGCAAAGUGGAAGUGACAGACAACCUUACGGGCCUUAAGCAAUGCACGUCAUCACCCUGCGGACAUUGGAACUGUAGGAAUGGAGGCACCUGUGUGGCCCAGUCCCGAGACAAAUAUGUCUGCCAGUGCCCUGAAGGUUAUAAAGGAAAAUGGUGCGAAGUCAGCCCUGUGAAAGCAGGAAGACCAGUGGGACUCAGCUCUGGUUCCAUCCUGGCUAUCAGCAUGUGUCUGCUUGUUUUUCUAGGUUUAUUAGUCUCUUAUACUGUGUGGAGUCAGUGGGGAAGAUCAAGGUUUCGUAAAGGAGGAAUUUACCACAUUCCUGAGGAACAUGAAAGUUGGGAAGAUGUUAGAGGAAACGUCUUCAACUAUAACGAGGAAGGAGGAGGGGAGCAUGACCUGAAUGCUUUUAAUACAGAAGCAUUAAAGAUCUCAGGAACUGCUGCUCCAUUCCUCAACUCAUGUUCUGGACCACAAAGAAACCCACUCGGAAAUCCUGUAUGCUUGAGAGAAUCUAUGUCUUUGGUUACCAGUGUCCCAGACUUCAAGCAUUAUGUGUCCCAAAUAAUCCAUGAUGCAGACAAUGACUUGCAGAGUCUUCCAGCAGACACGAUGCAUUUCUAUUGCGUGGAGGGCCAACCCUCUUUGAGUGGAAGCUUGAGUUCCUUAGAGACCUCCAGCAUAGAGGAAGAUCUAAAUUACGAUUUACUCAAAGAAUGGGGGCCAAAGUUUGUAAAGCUAAAAGAGCUCUAUGAAGUUCCUACUGAACCGUUAUAA